GCUUGCAUUUUUGCGUUGGCUACAUUUCCGUUCGGAUCUCUCAUAUGGCCCCGAACUGCCCACUGCCCAGGAAGUGGCGUCAGUUUUGACUCAAGUAUCCUAGGCAUUAUUGUUUAUCGACAACAUCUGUAUAUGUACUGCACUUACGUUGACAACGUCACGCUCACGUAUAUUUAGAUAGGAUUUUGGGACGUUUUGAGCGUUGUGAACGCUUGUGGAACACACCCUAAUGUAUAACUGUUGCGAUUUCAUCCACUGACCUGAAUAGUUACUAUUCAGACCAGUGAUUUAAUCAGGUAUUUCAUUGGUUAUUUCAAGAGGUUUUAUUAAUUAUAACUGAAAGGCUGAAAAAAUUUUUUGUCAUGUACACCCUUUCAGUUUUAACUACUUCAUUUGUUUUUUAUAUUGCUAGACUAUAAUUUAAAGAGAAGCUGCUUAAAAAAUAUAUACUCAAUUAUACCACUUUUCUGACUAAGUUAAUACGAGCCAGGUAAAUGAUGGUAGAAAUCAGGUACUAAUUUGAACUUCCUAUUAUUAUUUGUAAUAUAAAUUUGAAAAUCACAACAAAAAAUGGGUGACAUUGAAUUGCAACAAGAAGAACGAGAAGUAUUACUAUCGAUCUAUGAAGGAGAUGCGGCUUUUAAGCAAUUAAACUCUACGACUUAUCAAUAUAAGUAUGGAGAGGAUAAUGAUUCGCGUUCAUUUUUAUUGGAGAUAAUUUGGCAUGAAACUUACCCUACCAACAAACCGACAAUUAGCAUGGAAACAUUCUAUAAUAAACACAUUCUCCCCAAAGUAAAAGAAAAAAUUAUAGCCCAUGUCGAAGCUGAAGCAGAGCAAUGGCUUGGGUGUGCUAUGACUUACACUUUGUUUCAAUCAGUUCAAGAACAUUUAACUGAAUUAAUAGAAGAACAGCAAACUUCGAUUGCUGAUGUAAGCAUUCAAACAGCUAAAUUGAAUCUUGAUGAUAAUAAUCAAAAAGAAGAAUCAACUAAAAAACAAAAAAAAGAGCAACUCACAAAAUCACAAAAAAGGCGUCGUUGGAAUAAGGUUGAUAGCAAAGGCGAAAAACCUCGUGGAUGGGAUUGGGUUGAUAUUGUUAAACAUUUAUCUCAGACAGGCUCAAAAGCUGAGCAAGAAACGUAAACUUUUCUGUCAAAAAAAAUUUUUUAUGAAAAAAUACAAAUUAUUUACAUUCUUAUAAAAUUUUCAUGAGUACAGUGAAGAAACGAUGACUAAACAAAAACAAAUGAUUAGUUGUAUAAUAACUAUAUAUUAGUUGAGG